AUGCACGGGCAAAGAAGGACGCUGCAGAAGCGAUUGGAGAGGCAGCCGGCGUCUGCCGUCACAACGAGUCCCAGCUGGUUGGACAUGCGCGUCGGCUCGCCCGAGGACUGCUGUCGCGACCCUCCCGUCGUGACGCAGCCUCCGACGAGCUCUGCAACCGAGGAGAGUGAGGGUGCGCCUCCCCUCACUGCUGGCCUGGCUGCGCACCGCCCCACAAAGCACCCCCUCGAGCAUCUCUACAAGUACAAGUGCAAGGGCGACCUUCUCCAAGUCGUCAACACGCCCGGCGGCUCCGACAAGACUUUAGCCUUGGCCACCCUCCUUGCGGAGCAGGAGGAGAUCCGCUCUCGGUCGGCAACGUGGCAGCUAGUCGAGAGACUCGGUAGGCAUAUGACUGUAGGGCCCCAGAAGGCUAGCUGGUAG